UCUAGUUUUCCUAUUCGAGAAUUGUAAAAGAAUAUCGAUUGGUACCAAUAUAAUGGAUUUCAAAGCUUCGAAGGUUCCCACUUAUCAAUCUAAAGUAAUAGAGCUGUCUGACGAUACUGAUGAUGAGUUAACAGACAAAUCAGAUAGAAUUGACAUAACAACAAGUAAUAGUAGAAGUGUUCAAAGGCAAUUGUGCACUUUAUCAUAUGAAUCAAAUACUACAAAUAACUCUGGUAGUGUUUUUAAUAUCUCUUCAAGUUCUAAAUCAUUAUCUGUUAAGAAUUCAAAUAAUAUUGAAUCUUAUAAUAACUUCGAUGAUAUGAACAGUAUAACAAGUGAUAGUUUAGAAAAUGAGAUUGAUAUACUUAAUAAUAGUUUAAAAAACAAUAUAAUUAAUAAUAGCUUUGAAACUAAUAAUAAUAAUGAAAGUAAUAUAUUUACAUCUGAUUUG